AACGGGAAUAAAAGUAACUGGGGCCUCUCAAGGAAGACUGCAACAGGCCAAAGGCUUGGAUUUGCCAUCUUACGAAUAGAAGGGGGCGGAGGCCCUCCGGGGCUUUUGUGCCGAGUGGGCCGGGCCGCGAAGCUAGCACUCUAUUAAGGAGGCCAGAACUGGGGUGGAGAAAAGCUCAGAGGCUAUCGCUGGAUGCCUGAGUAGCAAGUCAGCAACCGGACUGGCAGUGUGCGCUGGGCCGGCCCACACGUGCGCGUUCUCCGAGUCCGCCCGGAGGUACGGAAACUCGCUGCGGAGGACCGCAGGCAGGCAGGCAGGCGGAGGCCAGCGCUCCGCGUUCCCUCCCUCCUCCUCCCUCCUCCUCCAGCCAGCCAGCCAGCCAGACGCAGCGCCCCGCCGCACGGAGCCGGAGGAGAGCACCGAGGAGCGCGCGAGAUUUUAUCCUGAUGGCUGACUCUAAACCACUCUUCUCCCUUGAUGGGGACCCCAUGGCUGCAGAAGCCUUGCUCCGGGAUGUGUUUGGGAUUGUUGUGGAUGAGGUCAUUCGGAAAGGGACCAGUGCCUCUGAGAAGGUCUGCGAAUGGAAGGAGCCUGAGGAGCUGAAGCAGCUGCUGGACCUGGAGCUGCGCAGCCAGGGCGAGGCGUCGGAGCAGAUCCUGGCGCGGUGCCGGGAGGUGAUCCGCUAUAGUGUGAAGACCUGUCACCCGCACUUCUUCAACCAGCUCUUCUCAGGGUUGGAUCCCCAUGCUCUGGCGGGGCGCAUCGUCACUGAGAGCCUCAACACCAGCCAGUACACUUAUGAAAUCGCCCCCGUGUUUGUGCUCAUGGAAGAAGAGGUGUUGAAGAAACUCCGGGCCCUUGUGGGCUGGAGCUCUGGGGAUGGGGUCUUCUGCCCUGGUGGCUCCAUCUCCAACAUGUAUGCUGUGAACCUGGCCCGCUAUCAGCGCUACCCGGAUUGCAAGCAGAGGGGCCUCCGGGCGCUGCCGCCCCUGGCACUCUUCACAUCAAAGGAGUGUCAUUACUCCAUCAAGAAGGGAGCUGCUUUUCUGGGACUUGGCACCAACAGUGUCCGAGUAGUCAAGACAGAUGAGAGAGGGAAAAUGGUUCCUGAGGAUCUGGAGAGGCAGAUCAGUCUGGCCGAGGCUGAGGGUGCUGUGCCGUUCCUGGUUAGCGCCACCUCUGGCACUACCGUGCUGGGGGCCUUUGACCCCCUGGAGGCAAUUGCUGACGUGUGCCAGCGUCACGGGCUGUGGCUCCAUGUGGAUGCUGCCUGGGGUGGGAGCGUCCUGUUGUCACAGACACAUAGACAUCUACUGGAUGGGAUCCAGAGGGCUGACUCGGUGGCCUGGAAUCCUCACAAGCUUCUGACAGCAGGCCUGCAGUGCUCAGCUCUUCUUCUCCGGGAUACCUCGAACCUGCUUAGGCGCUGCCACGGGUCCCAGGCCAGCUACCUCUUCCAGCAAGACAAGUUCUAUGACGUGGCUCUGGACACGGGAGAUAAGGUGGUGCAAUGUGGCCGCCGCGUGGACUGUCUGAAGCUGUGGCUCAUGUGGAAGGCACAGGGCGGGCAAGGGCUGGAGCGGCGCGUCGACCAGGCCUUUGCCCUUGCCUGGUACCUGGUGGAGGAAUUGAAGAAGCGAGAAGGAUUUGAGUUGGUCAUGGAGCCGGAGUUUGUCAAUGUGUGUUUCUGGUUCGUGCCCCCCAGCCUGCGGGGGAAGCAGGAGAGCCCGGACUACAGUGAAAGGCUGGCUAAGGUGGCCCCAGUACUCAAGGAGCGCAUGGUGAAGGAGGGCUCCAUGAUGAUAGGCUACCAGCCCCAUGGGACCCGGGGCAACUUUUUCCGCAUGGUUGUGGCCAACCCAGCGCUGACCCAGGCUGAUAUGGACUUCCUUCUCAACGAGCUGGAAAGGCUUGGCCAGGACCUCUGAGCCUCCUCUUCCUCCUCCUUGCUGCUGGCCCUGACACCCCCCACCCCCACUGUCUCUGUGCAUUCCCUUCCUGUGUUUUCAAGAACAGAGUGACCUUAACAACCUUUCUAUGCCUUCAUCCACUAACUCUCUAAUUAAUUAUUUGCUAUUAGGAGAAUAUUUAAAUAAACUACAGUAUAUCCAGAUGAUGGAAUGGUACUCUGCCAUUAUAAUUAUGUUUACAAACAAGAUUUUUAUUGAUAUGAGAAAAGAUGAUUUUAAUAUAAUGCUAUAUUGAAAAAGCUGGAUACAAGGCUUUGUAUAUAGUAAUAUCUGAGUGGUGUUCAUGCAUAGGAGAAGACUGAUAAAAUGAAAUAUGCCAAAUAAUAAUUUUCCCUGGGAUGGGAUUAUAGGCAAUUUAAAAUUAAUUUUUAUACCUUUUGUGCUCUUCCCUUUUAUUACAUAAUUAAUAUGCAUUACUUUUAUAAUGGGGAAAUAAUAAAGUUAAACCUUCAACUAUAUUAUUUCCGAAUGUUUUGAAGUUUGUUACCUUUUAUCAAAUAAUAGAGAAUGUGAAAUUUCUUUUUAAAGGGGCGCCUGGGUGGUUCAGUU